AUGGGACCAAUGGUGAAGAACGUACUGGAUCAUUUAAUGAAAAAAGACAAAGGAUUAGAAGAAAAUGAACGUGAUAGGCAAUGGGAAGGAUGGUUAGAUAGUCAUUUAGGUUGGUGUGAAUGGAAAGCACUUGCAAGUGCUCACGAGUGUGCAUUUAUUUGGCUUCCAAAGUUAGAAAAGCUAGAAAAGGAAAAUACAAAUCACCCAAUGGAAAGAGGCCCUAGAUUGAGUUCAUCUCCUAAUCAAUUCGGUAUCAGUUUGAAAACAAUGGAACAAACGAGACUUCAAGCAAAGGUCACCAGGCUACAGGCAGAUCGAACAGAAGCCUAUGACCCCAACACCGAUCCUUCAAACCCUCAAAAACUCUUUGAAAAAAUCACCAAAUUAGAAGGUUUCAAUGUUUAUAAAGAUCAACUAGAAGAAGAAGAAGAAUUAGAUUUAAAGAUGAAAGAAGUUGAACAUCAACAACCGUUUUUGUUCCAUGAUUUACAAAGAAAUCCAAAUGAUGUACAAAAACGUAUUGUAUUGUAUGAUAAAGAUCAAGAUGAGAAAACUGUGGAAACUUAUGUCAAAGCUAUCAAGACUAUCAAUCCUAAAAAAGCGACGGCUAAUUUUGAUCAAAUACUUGUAAAUUUUGCUAAACGGUCUGAAGAAUCUGGUUAG